UUUCCUGCUCCUUGGUUACAUUUUCUUCCCGUUCUAUUUAUCCCUUCCUCUCUCAUUAGGAUACCAUACAUUCCUCUUCGUCCCAUUUAAUCAUUCAUUGUGUAAAUGUAUACUGCAAGUGCUGGUCACACAUUCAUCAAGAUUUAUGGGUAUAAUAUAAUGGUCUAACAUGUCAGCAAAUGCAAGUGCCUGAUCAGUAGCAUAUACUCAGAAGGGAAACAUGAAAACGUUAGGCCUUUUAGGGGUUCAGUUUGGGUCUAAGAAGAAAUCAUCAGAGAGUUGAAUUAAGGUUGUCGAGGGCAUUGCCACAUUGUGGCGACCAAAGAAGCAUCUCGUAUCUGAUUGCCAGCUCAUCUCUGAACGUCAGAUAUCUGAUUCUUAUAUCGUUAUUGAAUGGCCACUCUUAAUAAAACCAAUGCGGCUAAACUGCUUGUGUAUUUGCCUAAGAGAGCCAACUUUUGUAAAGAAUUUUUAUUCAGCUGGUUGCAAACCAGAUCGAUGACGACAAGUAAGCGAGUCCAAGACAGAAGCAGCAAGAAAAGAGUGCACGAUCUUGAAAUAGUAACAGAGAAAUGGAAAAUAGUAUCAAAAAUUUUAUCAAUUAUGGAAAUCUUGAAGCAAGAACGAGAAAUGGUAAUCCCAAUCAGGAAUCUUGAACAACACAGAAGUAAGAUUAAUUUACCUAAACCCCAUAAAAUAUCGGAUUUUCUUCGAAAAUCGCCAAAGCUUUUUGAACUGUAUAAGGAUCAAAGAGGGGUGUUAUGGUGUGGAAUGAGCAAAGAAGCUGAGGAUUUGCUUCAAGAACAAGAAAUGUUAAUUGAGGAGAAUUCAGAUAAAGCUGCUGAAUAUGUUACCAGGUGUUUGAUGAUGUCUGUUGAUAAACGGAUUCCAGUUGAUAAGAUUGUGCAUUUUAGAAGAGAUUUUGGUUUACCUUUGGAUUUUAGGAUCAAAUGGGUGCAUAAUUAUCCUAAUCUAUUUAGGAUUGUUCAAUCUCGGGAUCAAAUGGAGUAUUUGGAACUUGUAUCUUGGAAUAAUGAUUGGGCUAUCACUGAGUUAGAGAAGAAGGCAGUAAGUGUAAGUCAAACACGUGUGCAUGAGCAUGAACCAGGAUUGCUUUCGUUGUCAUUUCCUUUGAAAUUUCCUCCUAUGUACAAGAAGGUGUACAGAAUUGGAGGGAAGAUUGAACACUUCCAGAAAAGGUCUUAUUUGUCACCAUAUGCAGAUGCUAAGGGGCUUACCGCUGGGUCGCUAGAAUUUGAUAAAAGGGCUGUUGCUAUUAUGCAUGAAUUGCUUAGUUUUACUAUUGAAAAGAGAUUGGUUACUGAUCAUCUUACGCAUUUUCGACGGGAAUUUGUGAUGCCACAAAAAUUGAUGAGACUUCUUUUGAAACAUUUUGGGAUUUUCUAUGUGUCUGAGAGGGGUAAGAGAUUUAGUGUGUUUCUGACUGAAGCUUACAAAGGUCAAGAACUAAUUGAGAAAGGUCCUUUAGUUGUUUGGAAGGAAAAACUCUUGAGCCUUGUUGGUUACAGAGGAAAGCAGAAGAAGAUCGAAACUUUCAGUGAUUUGUCAGACAUGGAGUAUGAUAAGUUGGCUGAAAAUAAUUCUGAGAAUGAAAGCAUAAGCGUGCAAUUUGAGGAUGAUGAGACAAUGGGUAAUUUAGAGAGUGCUUUACUUGCGGACAAUGAUGAGAUGGAGAUUGGAGAGAUUAAUUGUGAAUACAAGGAUAGAGAUGUAUCUUGAGAUCAUUACAAAAGGAAUUAGUACUACAAAAACUUCCAAUAGAUUAGAAAAACAAAAAUGACUCUUAGUUCUGGCUAAGCCUGGUCCCCAUCGUACUUUCUACCUCCAACUGCAUUAUGCCCAGCUUCAGGAGGUAGUAAGGUUCUGCUGCUUAAGCCCCUGGCCCUUGAAAGAGGAAACUUCUGUGCGGCCCUGUAAUCCUUGUGGCUUUAAGCCAUGGUGAGGCUUGGAUGCGCUCUAUCAUCCCUCUAUUGCCCCUGCCUAGUUAAAAUCGCCAGAAUUUACUUAUUUCAGUAGCAUAGCUUCUUUUUUGAAGUUUGAUUUUUGUCUUGUUGAUUUAACUGUCAGAGAUUAUGUUAUUAUCCGUGGAGCUCCGUAGGCUUCAUCCUGUUUUUGUAGUUAGCCAAUGCAAUUGGGGUAUGCCGGUCUUAUAAAUGGAUAUUUGCAACUAUUUAUAUUAACAGAAUUCAUUUUAUCCUUUUAA